AUGGCAGAAGUAGAUAUCCAGUCGGUACCAAAGCCCCAGCCAGAGAUCCGCGCUAAAGACGACCUCGUCUCGAAACUCGACGAUCUACUGGGGCAGUACCUAAACACGCUGGACGAGUAUCAGAAAGCGCAGCAGCAGCUGUCGAAGCAUCUAUCUGCCGGUUUCUUCUCCCUAGCGCAAGCAAACUUCAACUCUUCGCGCACGCAGUACGGACAGGAUUACUAUGACGAGAGGAUGCAAGCUUCGAGGAAGGUCACAUUAACGGAGGAAGGAUCCAAAAUCGCCUUCUCCCUGUCUACGGCGGACGCGCCAGCCUCUAAGCAAACACCAUCUGAAGCGGAAAACCCGUCCGCUGCACCAGACGCCUCUCCCGAGGAUGCUCCUGCAGAAUCAGAAGCAGAGGCCUCCCCGCCAGAAGAGAAAGUCGCCGACGACGACGAAACUACCAAGGACCGCAAAACGAACGCAGAUCCGCUUCGCUGGUUUGGCAUCCUGGUGCCGCCUGCUUUACGCUCCGCCCAAGCGUCUUUCAUUGCCGGGGUUGAGGGGCCGGUGCCUCGGCUCGCUACUCUGGCUAAGAAUCUUAGGGUGCAGGAGAUUGAAGUCGGGCGGCUGAGGAAACAGAUCAACAGGCUGUAG